GAAGAGGUAAGCGGAAAUGAGCUGUGCAGUUUGCGGAAGCUGAAAAUAAACAUUGGAUAACAACAAUAUAAACUGCUGCCGUCACAUGAUUUUAACGCUAUUUUAACAUGAUUUUAACAUGAUUUUAACGUUAGUCAUGAAUGGAGAGCGACUCACACGGUCCACUGUGACUUAACCUUUGCCCACGGCCAGUGUUUUACAGCUGCAAAAUCUAGUGAUGGAGUUGAGUCACCGACAGCGUCUGUCCGAGCUGGUGGAGGAGCUGACCACAUCAGGACAGCCGCAGCUCAACCAGGACAAGAUGAAGGAAAUCAAAAAGAUCUGCAAAGUGUCUAAUGACUGCGUAGAUCACCUGUACCACUUAGUGAUGUCCCAGCUGAACGAGGAUCACUGUGAGGUGCGGCUGUCAGCCUUCCAGAUUACCACUGAGCUCUUCUCCAGGUCACACCACUUUAGGACACGACUGGUGGACAACUUCCAGGAGUUCAUGGAGCUGACGGUGGAGAUCGACUCAGAUCAGCCUCUUCCUCCUCCUAAAGAAGUGGCCCGGAAGCUCAGGUCACUGGCAAUCCAGACUGUCCAGUCGUGGCAGGUCUCUUAUGGGACGGCUUAUAAGAAGUUGGCGCUGGGCUAUCACUUCCUCAAACAAGUUAAGAAGGUGGACUUCCAGGAUGCUGAAGCCAGGACGGUGGCAGAGAGGAGGAGGGAGGAGGAGAGACAGAGGAGAAUGGAGAGGAUCUACAAGGAGAAGGUGGAGGCAGCUACAAAAGACAUGGAGGAGUCGUACCAGGAAAUGGAGGCGACUCUGACAGAGAUGGAAUCCUGCAUGAGGCUACUUUUCCCUGAUUUUGAACUCACAGACAUUCAAACAGUCGUCAGCAGCAGCAGCAGCAGCAGCUCUUCAAACUGCCAACCAGCCAACAAAUGCCCAUCAGAUGAUGAACAGCCCUGUUGUAGCAAGGAUUUGAGGGAUUUUGGUAAAGAUGGAAUAAAACAAGAGGUCGAGGAGAGCAGGGAAGAGAUGAAGAGCACCGGGACAGAAAACACAGGAGAAGAAAAAGACGAAAGAUUGAUAAAGAACAAGGAGGAGAGGAGUCGAAUGGAAGAGACAAAAGGGAACAAUCAACAAGAUGAGCAGAAGAAGAAGGGAGGCAAGGUGGAAGAUGAGGAAGAAGAGAGUGAGGAGGAGGAAAGUAGUGAAGAAGAAGAGGAGGAGGAGGAGGAGGAGAAUGUAUAUGAAAACUUGUUCAUUCGGAGCUCGGGGCUCAUUUCUCACGCUUACAGUCUGGACCUGAACCUCAGUCCUGGUUUGCAUGUGAAGGAGAACGAGGAUAAUGAAGCAGUGGUUUCCACGGUGAUAGACCUCCACAAACUGAUAACAACCAAACACCUACCAGCUGUUCUGGGCUGGGUGCAGGUCUUCACCAAAGCAGGUGCAGAGCAGCAGCUGUUGAGGAGAGCACUGGAUCUGAAGACGUCUUUGGAAGCUGCGCUACAGAAACAUCAAGAACUGAACAUCGACUAUAAGAGCAGGAUGCGCAAAGUGGUAAAGGCUUCGUCAGAUGGAGAUGACGAUGAUGAGGAGGAUGAUGACUUCGAUGAGGUCCCAGAGAAAGAGGGAUAUGAGCCUCACAUUCCAGAGCAUCUGAGGGCGGAGUACGGUUUGGAUCCCACUCCUUCCACCUCAACAGCACCUGUCAUAAGAAAACCUCCUGCAAAGAGACCUGCAGCUCCUCCUCCUCAAGCCUCCUCCUCCUCCUCCUCCAGGCACAUGAAGCGACUCAGAGAUGAGGAGCAGGAUCCAACCUGUGCGGCCGCCACGCUGCGUGUCCUCAAACAGAAGCAUCCCAGUCCUGUGGAGCCCAGCAGCAGCAGCAGCAGCAGGAACUCCUCAUUGAAUCCCAACUCAUCUCAGUCCAGUUCAGAUAAGAAGUCUGCCGAUGCUCCUGUGGUUCCCUUUGGUUUGGACCUGUACUACUGGGGACAGAAGCAGCCCAAUGCCGGCAAGAUCAUCAAAGCUGCCUCUCAGCAUCAGUUCUGGGUUCCCAUUGAUGUGGAGGAAGAGGUGGAGAACGAGCAGCUGCUGGCGGAGAGCAGGAGCAGAUACAUCUCUUUCCCUGGUAACUUCACUCCUGUCAGCCAUUACUGUAAAGCUCCUCUCGGUAAUGGAACGCUGUGUCAGCGGCAGGACAGACAGAAGUGUCCUUUCCACGGCCGGAUCGUUCCUCGAGACGAGGAGGGCCGACCCUGCAGGCAGGAGGACCGCGUCAGGGAGGAGCAGGAGGAGAGGAAGAGGAGAGAGGAGCAGCCUGACUGGCGAGACCCAGAGCUGCUGCGAGACAUUGAGGCUGUGACAGGAGAAGACCUGGGUUCUGACCGAGUGGGUAAAAAACGGAAAGGGAAAAAGAAGAAGUUUCCCAACCUGAGUGAUCUGAAGCAGAGGAGCAACACGGCUCGCUCCAGGCUGGAGAGGAAAGUGUUCAACAAGUACGUCAUUUAUCCACCGAGUUAUCACUGUCACCAACCUGUGUCAACAGCAGUCUAUGUAGAUAUACAGAGUCUAUAACAAUAUAAAGAGUCUAUGUAGAUAUACAGAGUCUAUAACAAUAUAAAGAGUCUAUGUAGAUAU